UGCUGUCUCUCCUGGUCGGAACACGGUCCCAGGACGACGUUGAGGCGCGUCUCGUCUCUCCCCCACCGUUAGGAACGCGAGCUACGAGCCAAUAGGAGCACCGCUUCCGGCAACGGUGACGGCCCAAUGGGCGAACACCGACGACGCAUAGAACGCUGACGGUCGUUGAAUUUGACAGUCGGCACACGACGACCGCACCGUACUGCUCUCCUUCCGUGCGAGCCGCCUCCUCGGCUCUCCCUCCUGUUCUCCAGGACGCACCGACCGACUCGUGAUCCGUUCCACCGCGGGGAGGACGCGCCACGUCCAGUGUGCUACCACGGUGUGUUGUUCGUUGCUUUCGUGCGGUGCUGAAAGACAAGCUUCUCGCGGAACCCGGGCUCUCUGUGGACGAGUUCGUACGGUAACGGUUCGUGGACACGUCGUCGCGGGGGAGAGAGGGGAAAGAAAGAGGGCCUGGAUCCGCGUUCCGUUACACGCAAGAGGGUAGUCGAAUCUCGACCACGUGGCUGAACAUCCGAGCCAGGCUUAUUUUCAUGAACAACUGCGGUGAACGAUCCAACGAACAAAAAAUUCGAGUCUUGUCGAAUUUGGACAAAAUCCAGGGAUUCCUUAGAGGAUCGUGUUUUUAAUUCAGGAUACCCUCUCUCUCUCUCUCUCUCUCUCUCUCUCUCUCUCUCUCUCUCUCUUCCUCCUCUUCUUCCAAAUGACGACUGGCCCUCGAAUCCGAUCGAGUUUCGCGCGAAUGCGGAGAUAAGCAGACAACGGCGGCCGGGAAGCCUCGGUUAUGAUCUCCGUCGGUUGUGAUCUGCGACGAUAAACAUUCUCGCGUGAAAAGACGUUCGCGGUGGGUCUGGUGCGAUAAGAGACAAGUGAUAUCGAGGGAUUUUGGUGCGACGGAGGGGGAUAAACGAGGAGAAGAGGACUUAAAUGUGCGCGUGAAAGAAAUCGAUGAGCUGCGCUAUGGAGUAUCAGCAAUUGGCGCCACCCCCGGUACCAGUAACGCUGCACCCGGCGCAUCAUCAGCAACAACAUCAACAACCGGUGCAACCUCCCCAUCCGCACAUCGUGGUCGCGCCUGCGCUACAGCAACAACCCCAACAACCACCGCCGCCACCGUUACCGCCCACCUCGCACGGUCAUCAGGUGCACGCACCACUUCCGCCUAUCCACGACGACAGCACCAGCUCGCGAUGGAGCCAGUACCAGCAUCUCUGGAGGCAGCAUCAUGUCUACGUAAACGGUAGGCAUUUUUCUGCGAGACGUACGCUAAGGAUAGGAGAAGGAAUUGCUACUUUGCUGGAAAAACGGUGUGUCUCUGCAAACGGGAAACAGGCCAAAGAUGGACCGGAAGAGAAAAAGGACGCCGACGGAGAGCUGUGGGGCAACGUGGAAGCGCAGGCCGCCUUCCUCGGCCCAAAUCUCUGGGACAAAACUCUGCCCUACGAUGCCGACCUGAAGGUAUUGAACCAUUACGUGGAUCUUGACGAGUUUCUCUCCGAGAACGGGAUUCCCGUGGAUGGCGCGGCUGGUGGCGGGCAGGGUACGAUGCAGAGCGGACAACUGCACAAGAUCAACAAUACCGAAGCGGCAGGACAUCAGGGACCGGCCGGUCUCCACUUGGAACCGGUCACCAAGCGCGAGAGGUCACCCUCGCCGAGCGAAUGUUGCUCCCCCGACACGAUGAACCCUCCCUCGCCCGCGGACUCCACGCUCUCGAUGGCCUCAUCGGGGCGAGACUUCGAUCCGCGCACCCGGGCCUUCUCCGACGAGGAGCUUAAACCCCAACCGAUGAUCAAGAAAUCACGGAAGCAGUUCGUUCCGGAUGACCUGAAGGAUGACAAAUACUGGGCGCGUCGUAGGAAGAAUAACAUGGCAGCGAAACGAUCACGGGACGCACGUCGCAUGAAGGAGAACCAGAUCGCUCUCAGGGCCGGCUUCCUCGAGAAAGAAAACAUGGGCCUGCGGCAGGAACUGGACCGGUUAAAGAACGAAAACAUGCUGUUGCGCGACGAGCUGAGCAAAUACACGGACGUCUAACGGCGCGGCGAUGAAGCAAGGCAACAGCUCGUCCCAGUGUUGAAAAGGACGCAGAAACGAGCGUUUGUUGCGUCGGCUCCUCCCACAGUUGUAGUCGCAGCACUUAGGUAUCGCCAGUCCGGAAGAAGAAAAAGGAAAGGAGCGCGCCGAAUCACAAGACCAUCAUCGACAAUUUAACAUGAGCCCAUUUUCCUAGAGGAUCCCGAGGAUAUCCUUCUACAAGUUCUGCUAUUCAUCGAUAUUUUCUCUCUCUCUCUCUCUCUCUCUCUCUCUCUCUCUCUCUCU